AAUGGGAUACUAUUCCCUUCAACUAAAGCGAGAUAGUAUGAAUAGGUAAGACAAAUUAGUAUCAUAAGCAUCAGACAUGGAGAGAAUUGAAGAUUGAGCAAAGCAACGGUUUGGAUGCGAAUAACAAGAGUUCAGAGAGAAGCAAAGGCGGCGAUGGGUGGCGGAGAUCAGAGCACGGUGGAGGCAUUUUUCUCAGUCACUCUAAUUCUAUGGUUGGGCUUCGUUUCUUUCCAGAUACUCUUCAACAACAGCACGCAACUUCUCUCCGUCAUCGCCGGUUCUUUCUUCUAUCAAACUUCUAACUCUCUCAUCCGUUCCCUCUCCGAAGACCCUCUCUUCGUUAACACCUCCGUCUCCCUUCUCCACUCCCUCGUCACCUCCGCUUCAGUGCUGUUCAUCUUGUCCAGAGAGUGGUUAAGGAAUGGGUCAAGUGGAAUGUUUGACCACUCGCAGUUGGUUGAAGGUACUUGGCCAUGGGCAUUUCAAGCAUUGAGCUUUUCAUGUGGUUACUUUGCAUAUGAUCAGUGGGAUAUGCUUCGUUAUCGCUUAUAUAAUGGCUGGAUCCCUUCUAUCCUGGUGCAUCAUCUCGUUCUCCUUAUUUGCUUCACUCUUGCUUUGUAUCGAAAUGUCACCAUCAACUACCUUAUUCUCACACUUAUCUGUGAAUUGCAUUCCAUCUUUCUGCAUGUGAGAAAAAUGAGACGAAUGGCAGGUUUUCGGGAUGGGAAGAGCAUUCUUGUGAAGUUAGAAUGGAUUCUGAAUUGGGCCACCUUCUUUGUGGCCAGGUUUGCAUCUCACAUUCUCAUCACGGGCAAGCUUAUCAGGGAUGCUCACAAAUUUGAAAAGGGUGUGGAACUACCACUGGCUCUAUUUGGCAUGGCUGGGAUGAAUUUGCUGAACAUUGGUCUUGGCAUUGAUCUCUUUAAAGCUUUCAAGAGAGAGAGGAAGUCCCAGCAGGGUAAUCGUCAUCACCAUCGUGAAUGAUAGAAGAUAAAAGCCUAAAACUCUGUCAUUGUUACCUUUUGUGUACACUAGUACAAAAUCAGCCCUCCCCUUUCUCCAAAAUUUUAUUAUAUGUACGAAAAACUUCCGGCUCUUAUUUUUCAAAAUACAACACAAAUAGAUGAUUGUUAUUCCUCAAAAAAUUAUUUUGAAGCAUCAAGCAUGUAUGUAAAAUUUAGAAUGCAAGAACGCAUGAAAGCAUUGUAAUUUUCAAGACAACAGUUGUAUUUCUGGUUUUAAUCAAAUUAAGAAUAUUUAAAUCAUAGUGAGGUUAAGUUUU